AUGUCUCACGUGGACGAAGCAGCCCGCCGGCUGUCCAAAACCGGGACAUCCCUCUAUGCGGUGCUGGAGCUUAAGAAGGGUGCCUCACCUGAAGACAUCAAAAAGGCCUACAGGAAACUGGCCUUGAAGUAUCAUCCAGACAAGAAUCCAGGGGAUGCCCAAGCAGCAGAAAUAUUCAAAGAGGUCAACACAGCCCACUCCAUCCUCAGUGACCCUACGAAACGGAAAAUCUACGACCAGCAUGGCUCGUUGGGAAUAUAUUUGUAUGAUCACUUCGGUGAAGAAGGUGUCACGUACUAUUUUGUGCUGAAUAGUUGUUGGUUCAAGACACUUCUCCUCCUGUGUGCUCUGCUCACCUGUUGCUGCUGCUGCUGCUGCUGCUGCUUCUGCUGUGGCCAACUUAAGCCGCCAUCUGAGGAGACAUUGAGGAGAAGACACGAGCAGAAUGUCCAGAGACAGCCUCCGAGAUCAGGUGCUGACCCAAUAAAGGUGUCUUCUGCUGCCCAGGCCAUUGGUCACAUUGAAGAGAGGAGCGAGUAA